AUGUCUCUUUAUUUUGAUGCGGUCAAUAUACUGACCGAGCCAGCGUCAGGCGGCUCCUUCAAAUCUCGGAUCUACAGUGCCCGCGACCUUCGCGCCAAACCAGCGCAGAUCUACGCUCUGAUUAUCGAGGCCUCAAAAUGGGAUACUGUUCUGGCCGACGUUAUCGACCGCGCCGGUCUCUUGGACGCUGAGCGAAAGCUUUCUCCCCUCCUUGCCCUCCUCCUGGUCCAUGACCACCUCAUUGCGAAAAACGGCAUCGCGGCCCCGGCUGCGCAUACGAUUCGACAGGCGGUUGAGCGGCACAAGGUUCGAUUAAGAGCAGAGUUCGUGAAGGCGCGCGUACGCCGGGGUUGUGCCUCAGUUCAAGACUUUAAGGCUGCAAUUUUGCGUGAGAAACGAGAGGCUGCAGGACCCAACGAUUUCAUUUACCCACGCUGGGUCCGCGUCAACAAUAUCCGUUCUUCCCUAGAGGAUCAGAUGCGCACAACCUUCUCUUCCUAUCGCCACGUCGAGACCUUAGCAGAGCUAGCACCGGAGGGAGACGAUCGCCAAUCCCAGCAUCUUUUAUACGUGGAUCCUCACAUUCCGGACCUGGUGGCCGUGCCAUAUGGGGCCGAUUUCACAUCAUCUGCUGCUUACAAGAACGGCGAGAUUAUCUUGCAGGACAAAGCGUCAUGCUUCCCUGCAUACCUCCUGCUCGGUGAUCGUGGACCAAAUGAUCCGUGGCAAGGCGAUCUUGUCGACGGAUGCGCCGCGCCGGGCAAUAAAACUACCCACCUGGCAUCACUACUUGCAAAGCAACACAAGAAGGACAAGAAACCCCAGAAGCAAAUUAUUUCCAUGGAUGCCUCCAGAAUGCGAUCUAAAACACUGCAGAAAAUGGUAGCUAUGGCCGGAGCGGAUCCAACCGUCACCGUUCUACAGGGUCAGGAUUUCUUGGCACUCGAUCCAAUGGACUCUCGCUUUGAGCAGGUUUCGGGCCUCUUGCUGGAUCCGAGUUGCUCGGGCAGUGGAAUUAUCGGCCGCGAUGACGUUCCGCAACUUACACUUCCAAAAGAUGCUGUGUCCAAGGCCCCCAACCCCAAGGGCCAUGGCAAGAGCCAGGGCAAGAAACGCAAACGCGCCGAUGAUAAGAACGAACCAGAGGAGCAGGAGAAAAAGCCCAAAGUGACGUCGAGCCCUUUGAACACCUCACCAUCAGACGAAAAUGAUAUUGCCACUGAUAGUGUUGACGAAGAGCGUCUCAUCAAGUUGUCGAAUCUUCAAGCGCGGAUCGUGGAGCAUGCGUUAAGUUUUCCCACUGCGACACACGUUACUUACAGCACCUGUUCGAUCCACUUGAUCGAGAAUGAAGUUGUUGUGGAGCGUGUUUUGGCCUCUGAUAUCGCCAAACAAGGCGGCUGGCGGCUGUUGCGACGGGACGAGCAACCGAGUGGACUGCGAAAAUGGAAGCAUCGCGGUGUACGGUGUGAUCGGCAACCAGAAGAAACGGUUGAACUAGACGCCACACCUGAUAAAGUUAAUCUAUCGGAUGAUGACCUAGACGCUUGUCUGCGUUGCUGGUCUGGCGAUGCUGAAGGUCUGGGAGGCUUCUUUGUCGCUGGGUUUGUUCGUGAUCCUAAGCUUGCUGUCGUAACUACCACGGGCUCAAAGGCCAAAACCGUCCUUGCACAAGACAAAAAGGUUACACGUGCAGACAAGAAACCUAUUACUACUAGCCGGGAAGAAAAUAACGCAGAAGAAGAGGACGAGGAAGAUGAUGAUGAUUGGGAUGGGUUCUCGGACUAG